AUGCUCUAUCUCGUGGGCCUUGGACUCUCCGAUGAGACCGACAUCACCGUCAAGGGUCUCGAAGUCGUAAAGAAAGCCUCGCGCGUCUACCUCGAGGCUUACACCAGCAUCCUCCUCGUCGACCAAACCAUCCUCGAAGCCUACUAUGGGCGCCCCAUCGUCGUCGCCGACCGCGACAUGGUCGAGUCGAACAGCGACGAGAUCCUCCGCGACGCCCAGACCGAAGACGUCGCCUUCCUCGUCGUCGGCGACCCCUUUGGUGCGACGACCCACACCGACAUAGUGCUGCGCGCACGCGAGCUCGAGAUCCCCGUGGCCACGGUGCCCAACGCGUCCAUCAUGUCGAGCAUCGGCGCCGCCGGCCUGCAGCUCUUACAAACUUUGGCCAGACCCGUUCUUCCAUGGUCUUUCUUUCACCGACAGCUGGCGGCCCGCGUCCCUUUUUACGACCGCGUCAAAGGAAGAAACCGCCAGAAUCGGCCCUGCAACACGCCUCCGUGGCUGGCUCGACCAUCAAGGGUCAAGGAAGCAGAGGCGUUCGAGGAAAUAUUGAUUCCGCCGGCCCGCCCUCGUUCUACGAGAGCCCGCCCGCGCCUACAUGACCGUUUGGGCCAGUGCGCGCGCCAGAUGCUCCGAGAUUGA